CUUUCAGAACUUGCUGAGGAAGUUCAGCGCUUUCGCUCUCAAUUUGCCAAAGUGAACGAAAUCAACGCGGAAGUCGCCAACGCCUAUCGGGAGGUUUCUGCAUUGCUGACCGGUUAUCAGUGCAAAAUGAAGAACGAAACGAUUUUCACAGUUCAGAGUAUUUUCGAGAAUGCGGAAAGGGAGUUCGGUUUUCGGAAAGCACAGGUCAACAGGUUAGAACUGAUCGAAAAUGAGUACACGAAGGAAUGGAUGGAUUUUAUUAAAGCAUAUCUGUAUCAGAACAAUUCCGUUCCAGCGUUCCUGGCCGCUAUCAAUCUGCACCUGUUCAAGAGCAAUUUGAAAAUUAAACAUGUUCAUUGA